AUGUCGACCGUGCAGCACCAGAAGACUGGUCUCACGACCGGACUCCGCAAGAAAACAACAGAAGCGUGCAAUCCUUGCCGUGCACGGAAGCUGAAGGUAGAACUGCUCGCCAGAUCGGACACGCAGGGCAAAUGGAAACUAAUCGAGGUAGUGCAAUGGCCUCCUGCCUUGUCAAUCAUGGUCAUUGGAGGGCUUGAUAUUAUCAAUGCAAGGGUGAUCGAACUAGAGCGUGCGGUAUUUGGCGAGAGGACAUAUCAGCCGAGCAGUGCAGUCGAUUCACCAGGGGGCGCUGGCCACACCACGGACCAAAAUAUCUCUGGGGUGACCAUUUUUGACGAACACAAUGUAUCAUCAUACGGGCCUACCUCCACCAUCGCGCUUCUCAAAUCAAUGGAGAACAAGCUGUCCUGGUCGGAAUCAGCUGAUGGCCAUAGUACACGGCCAACGAAAAGACCACGAUGGGAAUUGACUGCGCCUCUGAUUUCUCACUCCGAAAGGGUCUCGAGACUGGAUAUCUAUGCAUCCGCCGAUCUCCAAAGCGAAGGCACUUGGAAAAUACGGGAGCACCUUGCCAACGCGCAUGUGGAUUGUUUCUUUCUCACCGUCCAUGAUACAAUCCCAGUCCUGAACGAAGACACAUUCAGAUCUGCCUAUGGACUCUUUUGGAACGCACCCCCUUCAGACUCCACGAACACUCACACCCGUCAGAGUCAAUGCAUGAUCUACUCAGUCUUAGCCUUGGGUGCUCUAUACUCCAAAGCCGCAGCAAAUGAUUCCCAGUGGGCAGCCAAUUAUUUUGCCGAGGCCCAGAAGCUUCUUGGUGGUGCACUUGGUGGAAAUUGCCUGGAGAUUGUUCAAGCUACUAUGUUGAUGGCGACUUAUGCACAUCACGUAGCUCAUCCCAACCUCGCGUAUGACUACCUGGGCAUUGCCAUCAGAGUUGCAUAUUCAACCGGGAUCAACCGAGACCUUGAUUCUGCCAGCGCCGCUGCAAUCGAGACUCAGGCUGCACUCAGGACAUGGUGGACUCUGUAUAGCUUAGAGUCGGAGCUCUGCCUCGAAUACGGAAAACCACUGUGCAUCCGGGAGACUGAUGCCAAAGCUGCUUAUCCACACGAGCCCUUGGACCUGGCCGCAAAUGCGAGCAAGGUCACGUUUAUUGUUUUCAUGGCCAAGCUCAGCAGAAUAACUCGCAAGAUCAUUGAUCUGCUAUCGGACAUCAGCGAGAAAGGACUUUCGAUGCAGUCUUAUGUGGGCCGGCUUAUGAAUCACCAAGCAGAACUUAUGACAUGGAGAGGAGAGCUGCCCAUACAUCUCUCCCCUAGAGAUAGCGUUCCCACGUCGCGGCUCCAUGUAUUGGAAAACACUCCGUGGAUACAGCGCCAGUACUACGAAGUGGAGCUCCACUUCAACCAUUUGAUGCUCGUCGCGCACCGCCCGUUCUUUGCCAAUGUGCACAUCUCGACGCCCUUUUACUCCUCCAGUAUGGCCAGGAGCGUUUGCAUUGGUGCUUCGCGAGAGACAAUACUUUUAGCACACAAGGCUCUCGUCCAAGAUCCUGGCAUCGACCAUUGGUCAUGUUUCUACCAUCGUGUUGUCUCUGCAACACUGGUAGUACUCAUCUGCGCCUUUGAUAGCCCCGCAGACGAAAAGGCUAGUCUGCUGGAAUUGUGCUGGAAAAGUCUCGAGGUGUUUCGUCACAUGCGCUCUGGCUGUCCGGAAAAGGGAAUUGCAAUGGUUCAAAGUGCCUUGGUCAGUCUAUCAAGACCGCAGGUAAUACAAACAGAUGAAGAGGACUCUUUUGACAGAUCAGAUGAUGUAAUGGCUGUUGGAUAG